UUGUCUUCAUCAUUACAAUCAACUUUGCUGCUAUUGCAGAACAAUUCAAGCAGGCCCCUUUCCCGUCUAAAACCAUUAUCGACCGAAAGGUCCUUCAAUGGCUUCCAGAUUGGUGGACGAUUCUGCAGUAGGAAACCUCGAGCUAGCACGGACCGACCUGAAAGCCCUCCUCCUGGCUUCGAAGAAAGCCGACAGGAGCCUUGAGAAGAUGGACCUGCGGUUUGGCCAGAUCGAUGAGGCUCUCUCGACCGCCUCUAGGCGGGUUGCCCCACUGCAGUCCCAAGCAAUAGCCAACAAAGCCCUGGACACCCGUAUAAACCGCGCCAUCACCCCAGCCCUGGCCCUCCUUGACAGCUUUCGAGUGUUCGAGUCCCUCCAGGACCGGCUCCUCGACCUCUCCUCGAAGCUCUCCUCCGACAGCUCCCCUAGGAAGCGGCUCAGGCAGCUUCUCAGGUAUGUGGGCUCCGUCGAAAAGCUCAACGAGGCCAUAGACUCGAUUGCCAGAGAUGGCGGGCCAGCUGUUCAGAAGUUGCAGGAGGUGGUGGAGUUCCUGAGCAGGACCAAGGCCACAGACCAGUUCCGGACCCAUCGGCUUCGGGAGACAAUGGUCACCCUCAAGGCACUGUAUGAGACAGAAGUUGACGCAAUGAGAUUUGAGGGGCUGCUGGAUGAGGCUCUCCUUAACCUGCAGGACGAGUUCGAGAGUAUGCUGAUGCAGCUGAAGCAUCAGAACAUAGGGGAAAUUAGUAAUGGCGAGGAGCAGACAGGGGGAGAGGUUGCUUCCCAUUUGGAUCUUGGUACCGAGCAGGAGAUCGAGGUCCUGAGUAUGAUCUCGGAGACGCUUACAGGGAAUGAUUGUUUGGAUAUUUGCAUCGAUAUCUUCGUGAAGGUAAGAUACAGGAGGGCAGCAAAGGCCCUGAUGAAGUUAAACCCUGAGUACCUGAAGACGUACUCUCCCGAAGAGAUCGAUGAGAUGGAAUGGGAAAACCUGGAGACGGCAAUAGCCCUGUGGAUCCAACACUUUGAGCUCGCUCUAAAGAUCGUGUUCGUGGCAGAGAAGAAGCUCUGCAGCCAAGUCCUGGGAGGGAUCAUGGAAGGACUAAUUUGGCCUGAAUGCUUUGUGAAGAUUGCUGACAAGAUCAUGGCGGUCUUCUUCCGAUUUGGGGAGGGAGUAGCGAGGAGCAAGAAGGAGCCCCAGAAGCUGUUCAAGCUACUGGACAUGUUCAAUUCCCUGGAGAAGCUCAAGCCGGAGUUCUCGUCCAUCUUUGAUGGUGAAGCCGGGGCCGAUAUAUGCACCCGGUUCAGAGAGCUCGAGAAGCUCCUCGUCCACGCAUCGAGCAAGGUCUUCUGGGAGUUUGGGCUCCAAAUCGAGGGCAACUCUGAAGGUUCUGCGGCCCCACAGAACGGCUCGGUCCCAAAGCUUGUGAGAUAUGCCAUUAACUAUCUGAAGUAUCUGGCAUCGCACAAUUACAAUGCCCCUAUGGCGCAAGUACUACGCACUGAGCAGAUAUGGAGGCAGGGGAUCUUAUCAAAACAGGAAAGCGAUGAAAAUCUACUCAAGGAUGCAAUUUUGAAUGUCAUGGAAGCCCUCCAGAGGAACGUGGAGUCGAAGAGGUCGCAGUACCGGGACAAGAUACUGGCCCACGUGUUCGCGAUGAACACAUAUUGGUACAUCUACAUGAGGACACGAAACACAGAGCUCGGGAGGCUGCUCGGGGACCAGUACAUGAAGAGGCAGAACAAGGUUGUUGCCGAGGAGUCGGCAUACAUGUAUCAGAAGCAGGCCUGGGGCCCGCUCAUGAGGCUACUGGAGAGGGAAGACAACCUCAACAUGAAGAGGCCAAUCCGGGAGGCUGCCCGAGGCAAAAUGGAGGCAUUUCUGAAGGGCUUCGAGGAGAUCUCACAGAUGCACCGCAGCUCUUACAUCAUCCCAGAGGCCGACCUGAGAGAGCAGAUUAAGGAGGCGACCUUAAAGCUGGUGAUCCCUGCAUAUGCCGACUUCAUAGAUUCAUAUGCUUCGGUGCUGGAGGGGACCUCGUAUGUUACUCCUGAGUCAUUAGAGGGGCUGCUAGGUCAGAUCUUUGAUGGGGGUGAUCGCCGCGAGGUGGAUGGCAGUAAGUUGAAGCGUCGUGAUUCGAGGGACUCCAGGAGGCUCGGAGGGAACCCGGUGGGUCCCAUGGAACGCGACGUCAAGGACUACAGACGGUCUAGAUCCAAUGCCAGUGAACUUUGAAGGAUUUCCUGACCGGAUAGAUCAAAUGGAAUUUUUUUCAGCAGAAGGCUUUACCUGGCACGUUGAAGUGUCUCUCGAGUCAAAAUUCAACAUGUUCAUGUUCUUGAAAGGAAAGAACUUCCCAGAAUCUCAAGUUGUAAAGCCGUGCAUGGCUCUUCUUUAUAGAUGAUAAAUAAUAUGUACUUCCUACAAUAAAAUUAGCAUU